CUCCUUGCCUCGUUUCAGGGUUAACCUCUCGCCUUAGCAACACAAGCCUCCGAAGUACUAUUUAUUGUACGUUAAUAUACACCGCAAAAUAGGAUACUUUUGUGUAUCAGCGAAAACGAGCUGGAUGUUAAAGGUUACAAAGGAACGCCUCGGUGUUUAAUCGGACGGGAAACCAUUUUGAUUGCCAAAUGGUGCAUAAGGAUACAAUGUUGCUAACUUAGCUAGCUAGACGAAAUAUCCUGUGUCGUGAAUGGGUUCGCUGUACACGGUUCUCCUGGAAGAGAAARUAAGCGGUGUUUAGAGCCAGAAACAUGGAUACUGUCGAAGAAGCGGAUAUUUGUCGUGUGUGUCGCUCUGAGGGGACCCCAGAGAAACCCCUGUACCACCCAUGUGUGUGCACCGGCAGUAUCAAGUUUAUCCACCAGGAAUGUUUGGUCCAGUGGCUGAAGCACAGCAGGAAGGAGUACUGUGAAUUAUGCAAGCACAGAUUUGCUUUCACACCAAUUUACUCCCCAGAUAUGCCCUCCCGUCUGCCCAUUCAGGACAUUUGUGCCGGCCUGCUGACCAGUGUGGGCACAGCCAUCCGCUACUGGUUCCAUUACACGCUGGUUGCCUUCGCAUGGCUCGGAGUGGUUCCCCUCACUGCAUGUCGCAUCUACAAGUGUCUCUUUACAGGCUCCGUGAGCUCUCUCCUGACGCUGCCGUUGGACAUGCUCUCCACAGACAACCUCCUCGCAGACUGUUUGCAGGGUUGCUUUGUCGUCACCUGCACUCUGUGCGCGUUCAUCAGCCUGGUGUGGCUCCGAGAACAGAUCGUUCAUGGUGGCGCCCCCCAGUGGUUAGAGCAGCAACAGCCSCCGGCUCCCAACGUAGCUGGACAAGCCAAUGAGGCACAAGCUGCAGGUCAGGGAGCAGCAGACGAGCCCCCUGCAGGCCAGCCGGCCCCCGCUGACCCUCCCGCUCAGAACGAGGCAGAGCCUGAACCUCCCGACGCCCCCCCAGACCAGGCUGACGACCCGGCGCUGGAAGAGGAAGGAGCGGCUGCUGAAGAUGCCGACCCCAACAACGGAGCGCAAGAUGACAUGAAUUGGAACGCGCUGGAGUGGGACAGAGCGGCAGAGGAGCUCACCUGGGAAAGGAUGCUUGGCCUGGAUGGUUCUCUGGUAUUUUUGGAACAUGUGUUUUGGGUGGUGUCUCUGAACACACUCUUCAUUCUGGUCUUUGCUUUUUGUCCCUACCACAUCGGGCACUUCUCAGUGGUUGGCCUUGGCUUUGAGGAAUACGUUCAAGCGUCUCACUUUGAGGGCCUCAUCACCACGAUUGUGGGCUACAUCCUGCUGGCCAUGACUCUCAUCCUGUGUCACGGACUCGCUGCUCUGGUCCGGUUCCAGCGAUCCCGGCGUCUCCUUGGAGUCUGCUACAUUGUUGUCAAGGUGUCUUUACUGGUUGUUGUGGAAAUUGGUGUUUUCCCAUUGAUCUGCGGCUGGUGGCUCGACAUCUGCUCUUUAGAAAUGUUUGAYGCCUCGCUGAAAGACAGAGAGCUGAGUUUCAAAUCAGCUCCUGGUACCACCAUGUUCCUGCACUGGCUUGUGGGAAUGGUUUACGUCUUCUACUUUGCUUCUUUCAUUCUCCUACUUAGAGAGGUGCUGAGGCCUGGGGUGCUGUGGUUUUUGCGAAACCUGAACGAUCCAGAUUUCAACCCGGUGCAGGAGAUGAUCCACCUGCCCAUCUACAGACAYCUGCGGCGCUUCAUCCUGUCUGUCGUCGUCUUUGGCUCCAUUGUGCUGCUCAUGCUGUGGCUGCCCAUCAGGCUGAUAAAAGUCAUGCUUCCCACGUUCCUCCCGUACAACGUGAUGCUCUACAGCGACGCCCCCGUCAGCGAGCUGUCUCUAGAGCUGUUGUUACUUCAGGUUGUGCUUCCUGCUCUCCUGGAACAGGGACACACUCGUCAGUGGCUCAAAGGYCUGGUCAGAGCCUGGACCGUCAGCGCUGGUUAUUUACUAGACCUUCAUUCCUACCUCCUCGGCGAGCAGGAAGACAACGAAGCCAAUCAAGCGGCAAACAACAACAAUAACAACAACCCUCCCCAGGGUCAUCAUAACAACAACAACAAUCCAGCCCCGCCUGUCGGUGAGGGGCUGCACGCAGCUCAUCAGGCCAUCCUGCAGCAGGGGGGACCAGUGGGCUUCCAGCCGUACCACCGACCCCUCCGCUUCCCWUUUCGGAUUGUUCUUCUGAUAAUAUUCAUGUGCAUCACUCUGCUGUUGGCCAGCCUGCUGUGUUUAACCCUGCCAGUUUUCACGGGUCGAUGGCUGAUGUCCUUCUGGACAGGAAGCUCCAAAAUCCACGAGCUGUACACGGCAGCGUGCGGUCUUUACGUCUGCUGGCUUUCGGUGCGCGGAGUCACCGUUCUGCUGGCCUGGAUGCCACAGGGACGCAUCGUAAUCAUGCGCAAAGUGCAGGAAUGGUCCCUCAUGAUCCUGAAGACCCUUGUCGUAGCUUUGCUGGUUGCUGGAGUCAUCCCGCUGCUGCUGGGCCUGCUGUUUGAACUGGUCAUCGUGGCCCCACUUCGAGUACCUUUAGACCAAACUCCUCUGUUUUAUCCAUGGCAGGACUGGGCUCUUGGUGUGCUUCAUGCCAAAAUCAUUGCAGCCAUCACCCUCAUGGGACCUCAGUGGUGGCUGAAGGCUGUUAUCGAGCAGGUUUAUGCAAAUGGAAUUCGCAACAUUGAUCUUCAGUUUAUUAUCCGAAGACUGGCAGCUCCGGUCAUCUCUGUCCUGCUGCUGUCGCUGUGUGUGCCGUACGUCAUCGCUGCUGGGGUGGUGCCUGCUGCAGGAGUCACCCCUGAGAUGGAGAUAUUAAUGCAGAGGAGGAUCUACCCAUUCCUUCUGAUGGUGGUGUCACUCAUUGGCAUCCUGUCUUUCCAGAUAAGACAGUUCAAACGCCUUUAUGAACACAUCAAAAACGACAA